CAAAGUCCCGAGUCUUUCUCUCUCCUACCUACCAAGGCUCGGAGGCACAGGUCAAUUCACCACCAACUUCUGCCUCAUUCAGUGGUAUCUGUCAGGUCUUGGCUGUGACCCACUGCAGCAGUCAUGGCACCCAAGAAGAACAAGGCCGCCAAAAAGAACAAAGGAGACAUCAGUGAGAUGGCUCUCAUAGUGGAGGACGGCCCAAUAAACAAACUGAAUGGGCUCAAUACUCUUUUAGAGGGAGGAAACGGCUUCAGCUGCAUCUCAACUGAGGUAACUGAUCCUGUGUACUGUCCAAACCUGCUGGAGGGUUUGAACACCAUGAGGCAAGACAGCUUUCUGUGCGAUUUGACUGUAGCCACCAAGACGAAGUCCUUCGACGUUCACAAGGUUGUUAUGGCGUCCUGCAGUGAGUACAUUCACAAUGUGCUGAAGAAGGAUCCGGCUCUCCAGAGACUGGACCUCAAUGAUAUGUCUCCUGUUGGCCUGGCUACUGCCAUCACAUAUGCAUACUCAGGGAAGCUGACGCUGUCACUGUACACCAUUGGCAGCACCAUCUCAGCAGCCAUCUUCCUGCAAAUCCAGAGCUUGGUCAGGAUGUGCAGCGACUUCCUGAUGCAGGAGAUCAGCGUGGAGAACUGCAUGUAUGUAGCCAACAUUGCAGACACCUACGGACUGAAAAACACCAAGGAGGCGGCACAGAAGUUCAUGCGGGAGAACUUCAUCGAGUUCUCUGAAAUGGAGCAGUUCCUGAAGCUCACCUACGAGCAGAUCAGCGACUUUCUCAUGGACGACUCACUGCAGCUGCCCUCUGAAAUCACCGCUUUCCAGAUUGCCGUCAAAUGGCUGGACUUCGACGAGAAGAGGCUGAAGUAUGCCGCCGACCUGCUGACAAACAUCCGCUUCGGUACCAUUUCUGCUCAGGACCUAGUGAACCAUGUGCAGAGCGUGCCCAGGAUGAUGAACGACUCCGAGUGCCACCGGCUGCUUGUUGACGCCAUGAAUUACCACCUGCUGCCGUACCAGCAGAACAUUCUGCAGUCAAGGAGAACAAAGCUGAGGGGGGGCCUUCGUGUCUUACUGACAGUGGGCGGAAGACCGGCUUUGACAGAGAAGUCCCUCAGCAAAGAGGUCCUCUACAGAGAUCAGGACAACAUCUGGAACAAGCUGACAGAGAUGCCUGCCAAGAGCUUCAACCAAUGUGUGGCGGUCCUGGACGGAUUCCUCUAUGUGGCUGGUGGUGAAGACCAGAAUGAUGCCCGAAACCAGGCCAAACAUGCUGUCAGCAAUUUCUGCAGGUAUGAUCCCCGAUUCAACACAUGGAUUCAUUUGACCAACAUGAUCCAGAAGCGCACCCACUUCAGCCUCAACACCUUCAAUGGCCUGCUGUUCGCCGUGGGAGGACGCAACUCUGAGGGCCCGCAGGCCUCGGUAGAGUGCUACGUGCCAUCCUCCAACCAAUGGCAAAUGAAAGCCUCCAUGGAAGUGCCGAGGUGCUGCCACGCCAGCACAGUGAUUGAUGGUAAGAUCCUGGUCACGGGAGGCUACAUCAACAACGCCUACUCCCGAGCGGUGUGCUCGUAUGACCCCUCCACCGACACCUGGCAGGAUAAAAACAGUCUGAGCACCCCCAGGGGCUGGCACUGUGCCGCCACUGUGGCCGACCGCGCGUACGUCGUUGGUGGCAGCCAGCUGGGAGGUCGUGGGGAGAGGGUGGAUGUCUUGGCAGUUGAGUGUUACAACCCUCACAACGGCCAGUGGAGCUACUCCGCCCCCUUGCACACGGGGGUCAGCACGGCUGGCAUCGCCACGCUGAAUAACAAGAUCUACUUGCUAGGGGGCUGGAAUGAGAUUGAGAAGAAGUACAAGAAAUGUGUUCAGGUUUACAAUCCUGAUCUCAAUGAAUGGACCGAGGACGAGGAGUUGCCAGAGGCGACGGUUGGCAUCUCCUGCUGUGUGGUUACCAUACCAACCCGCAAAACCCGAGAGUCCAGGGCCAGCUCAGUAUCAUCUGCACCAGUUAGUAUAUAAAGGUCAUGCAAGCAGGACAAUGUAGUUCACAGCCAGCCAAUGGAGAGCCAGACAGGAAGGAAAACCCUGCCACUAGAUAAUUUAAUGUUUCCCAUGUUACAGGUAUCCUCUAAAUAAGCCAAAUAAUUUAUUCUUUUCACCACAUAGGUAACAAAAUACAUUUUUAGAAAUAAUAUAUGGUUCCCAAAAGAUGUCUUGAAGAUGUUUAGACAGUUUUUCCAGGUACAUAA